UUACCAGGAACCCUGAACACAUCACGCGAAACAGACAGCAGAGGAAGGCGCACCGUGGCAUGCUGCUGGACCGGUCCAAAAAUAUUCAACUUUAGCCGAAGAUCUACACCUGAUUUGGGUUCAGAAUGCGUCUCCUGGUAUUUCUUGUCCUCCUUGGGACAGCACUGACGAUGCAAAGCGAAAAGCAUUCCCUCACUUACAUCUACACCGCCUUCUCCAAGCCGGUGGAUCUCCCGGGGCUGCACGAGUUCACCGCCAUGGGUCUACUGGACAACCGGAUGAUUGACUACUAUGACAGCGAGCACCAAACGAAAGUUCCCAAACAGGACUGGAUGAAAGAGCAUCUUGAAGCAGAUUACUGGAUAAAAGGCACCCAGUCCAGAAAGAGCAAGCAGCAAUGGUUUAAAGUCAACAUCGACAUCUUGAUGAAACGGAUGAGACAGAAUGACACGGAUACCCAUGUUCUGCAGUGGAUGCACGGCUGCGUGGGUGAAACUGGGCCUAAUGGCACCAUGAAGUUUAUCCAUGGGAUGGACAUGUACAAUUACGAUGGAAAUGACUUCCUGUCCUUCGACGACAACAACCAGGUUUGGGUUGCUCCAACUAGAGCGGCAGAGGAGACCAAGAGGAAGUGGGAUGAGGUCACGGUCCUGAAGGAAUACACCAAGGGCUACCUGGAGAAGGAGUGUAUGGACUGGAUGAGCCAGUUCAAAGAGUUUGGGAAAGAGCAGCUUGAGAAAGCCAUUCCACCUAAAGUGUAUUUGUUCUCACGUCCGUCCAAAACUGAAUCAACCACCAUCUUGACGUGUCUGGCCACUGGCUUAUACCCAAAAGAAAUCGAGCUGCGGAUCAGAAGAAACGGGCGGAUCCUCACUAAAGAUGACUUGGUGAUGACCACUGGAGUUCGCCCAAAUGAUGACAACACCUUCCAGAGAAAAGAUGAAGUAGAGAUUUUGAAGUCUGAUGAUUCCACCUACACCUGUGAAAUCAUUCAUCCUGCAUCUAAAAUGCGUGUUGAAAAGGAAUGGGAUCGAAAAGAUCUCAAAGAAAGUGGAAGUACUAGCAUCAUCAUUGGUGCUGCUGUCGGUGGCCUGAUUGUGCUUGUGGGGAUUGGUGUGACACUUCUUGUCCUCAAAUGGAAGACAAACAAACUCGAUUGCCCUGAAAAUAAUUCUGACACUGAAUCCAACUCUGGUGGAAAUGUGCUUGCUACAACGCAGUCCCUCAUUGCUCAACCCGUCUCCGGUGGAAAUUCACCUGCUACGCCUCUCCUUGUGAUAGAUGGCUCUGAAGAUAAAGACUCCCUUCAGAGCUCCAAAGGGUCUCAUGACAGCAAGGAUUCUGGACUUAAUUCCAUUGAGGAGUCUCUUGGCAGCAUGAACGGAGGACUUAAUUCAGGGAACUCCUCUGAUGAAAGCAAGACUAACCAAGACCCCGAUGGAAUUGUCUAAUCAUACGAGACAACAUAACAUCGCUGGAGCCCUGAACUUUAAGCAUCAUUUUGAUUCUUUUGGCUUGCUUCUGAAGCGCUUUCUAAUUAAGAUCCCUAGUUCUGUGGGUUUUUUUUUUUAAGCUGUGUUAUAAAAAAAAGAGAAGUUUUUAAUCUUUAAUCUGCUUUAUAAUAGAGGCUAAUAAUUGUGCUGCUACUUGAAAUGUUACUGGGCAAAUGUUUGUCCCCCCUGCAGUUUAGCAGAGCCACAUUUCAACAAUUGCAACAUUUUAAAAAAAAGGACAGUUACAUGUGAACCUAUAAGGUAUUACAUGAUUUAAUGUGAAACAGUUUCCCUUAAAGGUCUAAAAACUUUCCAAUGAUUUAAGUAUGGUAUUACUGUUACUAGAAUCCAUGUCCCAGUGAAAACAAAUGUUACAGAAAUGCCUGAAAUCUCUCAAACCUAACCCAUUUCCUAUAAAAAUGUACUUCUUAGUAAAAUAAUUAGAUUAAAAUACACCCUUAUUGUGACAAAAUGAAAAUAACUGUAGAUGAUUUUGCGUGUAAUAAUUUAAAGUAUCAAUCCAAAACUUCCAAAGAAAACUUUAAGGUAGUAGAACGUGGUAUGUAGUCUAGUCAUGACUGGACUUGAAAGGGUAACAGAGAAGAGCUUUGUGGGAGGUGGAAAAUCAGGUUUGUACGAGUAAUGCCUUCCUGUUCAUGCAGAUCAGUAGGAGGGCCUCUAGCCUGUUGGUCUUUUUCAUAGCAAACAUUUAGACCUGAAACAGCAGGGAAAGCAAAGUCUGUUGGGCCACAUUUCACUCCACCACCUAUGAAAGCUCUAUAUAGGAAGGCAGCCUUUAUUUAUAUCAUGUUUUCAUUACUUUGUCAAGUGAAAAUUCAGGAUAUUAGUUUGAGAUGAUUACACAAAGAUUUGGAUUAACGGCGCGCCCUUGGCAGAGCGGUUAGCGCAAAUUAUAUUAGGAGGCCUUUAGUCCUCGACACGGUCGGCCCGGGAUCGACUCUGACCCGUGGCGCUUUGCCGCAUGUCCUGUCAGCUCACUGUCAAUAAAACGUGUGCCACUAGAGCCGCAAAAAAAAAAAAAAAAAAAAUUAGAUUAACUGUUACAUGUGUGUUUGUGAAGUAAAUGUGUUUUGCAAAAGUAAAAGAUACUCAAUAUUCACAUAAUUGUAGGAAAUCAAUGAAAUAAGAUUGAUGCAGUUACCACUUGGUUACUCUAAGGUAAACUUAAAGGAGCAUAGUGUAAAAUCCAGGAUUUUUACACACGUCUGCCCCCUCUGGUGAAACGUGGAAAUAGCACCAGUGUUGUGCACGAACAUGGGAGGAGAGGAAAAAGCAUAUGCGACUGUACAGGUCUUUUGUUUCGAGGCGUAAUGUCUUCUGAGGAACAAAAGUCAUAAAAAUUUAGGUUAGUCCAUGUUCUCUCCCUAAUUCAUCAAUUACGGAGGAGACUCAAAAAAAGUAGGCAGGUAAAGGAGAGCGCGCAGUGCGUCACACCCAUGUGCACGCUGAGAGAAUUCAAUCUGAAUCACUCAUGAAAUGACUAAUCCCAUACUAAUUGUAUGGGAAAUAAUAUCAAUAAUGUUUAACUUCAAAACUUGCACUAUGCACCUUUAAAGAAAGUCAUAUGGAAAUUUCAUGUUAAGACUCAGAUAUUUUGACUGCUUUUUUUUCAGUAAGUCAUACAUUUCAGAUGUAAAAUGUAAGAAGAUAGAAGAUAUAUGAAGAGGGACAAUUUGGCUAACUAUUGAUAUGUAUACCUAAUAACAUGCUUUACCAAAAAAAAUGGCUUGGUUUGAAGAGACUCUCGCAAACAGCUUCAUUGGCAUAAAGUCAGAUUUGGGUUAGCCAGGUGUUACCUUUCAUAUACCAGCAAGUAAUGUGAAAAAGCAUUUGAGAAAUAUGAGAUGGUUCCUAAUCAGGAUGACAGUUGGAGCGUUCAUUGAACCUUGUACAUAUGAACCUUUUAGAUGUUCUUACAGGCUCAAGCUCUGUUACUUAAACUGCAACGGAUUUUAAUGCUUAAAUGAAUUUCCUUUUUUAAUGUUCAAUCAUAAUCGUAUGUAAUACACUGAAUAAAUUCACUUAUGUGCCUUAUGCCAUUAUUUGUGUUUGACUGUAGAUGGUUUAUUCAUGUUUUUAUUGUUUUUUUAUGGAAGUGGGAUGUUAUAUAUUCUUUGCUGUCUUUUUAACUUUUUGUUUCCUUUGCCAUUUAUGUUAAAAGAGAAAUAUGCACAGAUUGACAAUACAUAGCAAUUCGAUUUUGGAGUCUUGAAAAUAUUUUCUAAAAGCUAACAAACACAAAACAUGUAGACAUGUUUUGGGUUUUCUAUUGAAUCAAUAAUUUGGGUAUAUAAUUAUAUAUUAUAUAUUUUAAUUGUAUUUGGAAUUUGAUUAGAUUAGACUAUAAGUAUAUCUUUGAAUCUGAUUGUUGUUUUUUUUCGUUGGGAUUUGCUUGUUUUGUUAAUCUGGAAAUGAAAUGAGUAAUUGAGUUUAACUAUGUUGCUGUGGUGAUUUUAAGUGUUUGAGUGAUAAACGGCAGCAUUUUCAUGUCAAAAGCACUUUGUUUCAUAGCUUCAAUAAAAAAAAAAUUUUGAACACAAAA